UUUUAGAGAAUCAAUCAGUUCUGUUACAAACGGCAACAAACGUGUUCUGAAAUUAUGGCGCUUCUCGUGAGAUUUGUUAAAUGGGAGGCGCAAUUUGCUGCAAGGACUUACAGCAGUAGCGUACCGACAGUUAAGAUGUACAUUGAUGGCCAGUUCGUAGAUUCAAAGGCCACACAAUUUACCGACGUGCAUAAUCCAGCAACGAACGAGCUGCUAUGUCGCACGCCAAAAUGCACGAAAGAAGAAAUGGAAAUGGCCGUGACAAGCGCGAAGAAAGCUUACGAAAAAUGGAAAAAUACCAGCGUACUCACUAGGCAAACUUUGAUGUUCAAGUACCAAGCACUUAUACGCGAGCACUCGAAAGAAAUUGCAAAGAAUUUAGUGAACGAAAAUGGAAAAACAAUGGCUGAUGCUGAAGGAGACGUUCUUCGAGGACUUCAGGUGGUCGACGCAUGUGCCGCAAUUCCUUCUCUGCAAAUGGGCGAGAGCACGCCAAACAUCGCAACCGAUAUGGACAUAAUUUCCUACAAAGUUCCGCUCGGUGUAACUGCCUCCAUCUGUCCGUUCAAUUUUCCCGCGAUGAUACCUCUUUGGUCGUUUCCUGUGUCGGUCGCCUGUGGAAACGCGACAAUUUUGAAGCCGUCAGAGCGUGUGCCAGGGGCCUCGAUGAUCCUGGCCGAUCUGUUUACCAAGGCCGGUGCUCCGCCUGGACUGUUGAAUGUUAUCCACGGUCAACAUGCCGCCGUUGAUUUUAUCUGCGAACAUCCGGACAUCAAGGCGGUUUCUUUCGUCGGUUCCGAUCAAGCGGGAAAAUACAUCUACAAACAGAGUAGCAUGCACGGAAAACGCGUACAGUGCAAUAUGGGAGCGAAGAAUCAUUGCGUCGUGUUGCCGGAUGCGAAUAGAAACAAAACUCUUUCUCAAAUCGUGGGCGCUAGUUUUGGAGCUGCGGGCCAAAGAUGCAUGGCCCUUUCGGUUGCCAUAUUCGUGGGUAAAUCGAAGGACUGGGUACCAGAAUUAGUAGAGGCUGCGAAGAGAUUGAAGGUGAACGCUGGACACGUACCUGACACCGACCUUGGACCAGUUAUAUCGCCCCAGUCGAAACAGAGGAUAUGCGAUCUGAUCGAAUCUGGGGUGAAAGAAGGCGCCACGUUGGCUCUCGAUGGUAGAGGACUCGUUGUGCAAGGCUUUGAGAAAGGAAAUUUCGUUGGGCCAACUGUACUCACGAACGUCAAGCCGUCAAUGCAAUGUUACACAGAGGAAAUCUUUGGGCCAGUUCUUUCGUGUGUUUACGCGGACACAUUGGACGAAGCAAUCGACAUUAUUAACAGAAAUCCUUAUGGAAACGGAACUGCUGUAUUCACUACAAAUGGUGCUACAGCAAGAGCAUUUAUAAACAGAAUCGAAGCUGGUCAGGUUGGCGUAAAUGUUCCUAUUCCGGUACCACUACCAAUGUUUAGUUUUACGGGAAACAAGGGAUCCUUCUUGGGUGAUAGUCAUUUCUACGGAAAACAUGGCAUAAACUUCCACACGCAAGUGAAAACGAUAACGCAACUGUGGAGAUCUGGAGAUGCUGGUGACAUCGCAUCCUCAACAGCGAUGCCAACUAUGCAAUAA